AUGGCGCCACUUCCUCGUCUCCUCCUUCCAGUGGCCCUUCUCCUCAUCGCCGUCACCGGAGAGGCGUACGCCGGCGGCACCGGCCACGGCCACGCGCGCUACGACCGCGUCUUCAGCUUCGGCGACUCGCUCACCGACACCGGCAACUCGGCCAUCCUCCCGGUCACCGCCGGGGGGCCCUUCACCAACCCUCCGUACGGGCAGACCCACUUUGGCCGGCCCAACGGCAGGGCCUCCGACGGCCGCCUCUUCAUCGACUUCGUCGGGCAGCGCAAGAUCAUGGCGAGCUCCCUCUUGUACCUGGGAGAGAUCGGAUUCAACGACUACUCUUUCGUCGCCGUCUUCGGCAACGGCACCAUCGGCCUGGUGCAGAGUCUGGUGCCGCACAUCGUCGGCGCCAUCUGUUCGGUCCUGACCGACGCGAUCGGUGUUGGAGCGCGGACGAUGGUGGUGGCAGGGAUGAUACCGAUGGGCUGCGAGCCGGAGCUGCUGGCCCUGCUACCCGGCGGCGGGGGCGACUACUACGACCGGGCGUCCAGCUGCAUCACGCGGUUCAACCAGCUCGCCCAGCUGCACAACCGCGCGCUGAAGCGCAUGCUCUGCCAGCUCCGGCGAGACCACCCCGGCACGGCCAUCCACUACGCCGAUCUGUACCGCCCCAUCACCGCAGUCGUCUCCUGGCCCAGAAAAUACGGCUUCGGCGGCAUGCCCUUGGCAGCGUGCUGCGGCGGCGGCGGGGGGCCGUACAACUUCAACUUCACCUUCUUCUGCGGCACUCCGGCGGCAACAGCGUGCGCCGAUCCGUCGAUGUCCGUUUCGUGGGAUGGGAUCCAUUACACGGAGGCUGCAAAUAGGUUCGUUGCCCACGCCAUGCUGAGGGGAUUGUAA